CGUGCUGCUCCUAGCGUCGGCACCUUGCAAGCACAGCAGUCACCUUCCAACCUCUGCGACUCUCCUCCGCUCUUUCUCGCUCAGUCGCAGUUAUUUCGCAGGACGGAGGGGACUGUUCGCCUACUGUCCGCUUCGCCCGAUUACACCAUCUGGGGGGAGUUUUCCAACGCUGGGGGAUUGAGAGGUGUUGCUUUUUUACCCUACCCGCAAAAAAAAGAGUCUAUGCUCCACGGAAGACACGCGGCUGGUCGCUUUACCGAGCCAGAGAGGGCUGCCAUGCGUGCGUCCUGGUGAUGAGGUUGGUGGCGCACAGCCGACACAGCAUUAAAGGAAUCCCUCUGUGUCUGAAGAAACCGCCCCAGUAAAGGGACAAGAACGGGGGGAGAGCUGCGGGAACUGGUGUCGGCUGGGACGCUAUCAUUCCGACUAGGAUGCAUCUCUUCAGUGCCAUGUUCCUGCUUGUGAUGUUAGCUGUCAUGCCCUGUGAGGCUCUGUACCCAAGCCCAGAGGAGGGCUGGCAGAUCUACAGCUCGGCACAGGACGCAGAUGGGAAGUGUAUCUGUACUGUGGUCGCACCAGCCCAGAACAUGUGUAACCGCGACCCACGCAGCAGGCAACUUCGCCAGCUCAUGGAGAAGGUUCAGAACAUUAGCCAGUCAAUGGAGGUGCUGGACCUGCGAACAUACAGAGAUCUACAGUAUGUAAGGAACACCGAGAGCCUAAUGAAAGUGGUGGAUGGAAAGCUGAAGGUGGCCUCUGAAAAUCCCCGCAGUCUCAAUCCAAAGGGCUUUCAGGACUUGAAAGACAAGGUGACCCAGCUGCUCCCCCUGCUGCCAGUGCUAGAACAGUACAAGACGGAUGCCAAGAUGAUCCUGCGACUUCGGGAGGAGGUGAGGAAUCUGUCCUUGGUGCUGAUGGCCAUCCAAGAAGAGAUGGGUGCCUAUGAUUAUGAGGAGCUUCGCCAGAGAGUCCUGCUGCUGGAGACCAGGCUCCACUCCUGCAUGCAGAAAUUAGGCUGUGGAAAGCUGACGGGCGUCAGUAAUCCCAUCACGGUACGCGCAUCGGGGUCAAGGUUCGGCUCCUGGAUGACAGACACCAUGAUCCCCAGCUCAGACAACAGAGUGUGGUCCAUGGAUGGUUACUUCAAGGGACGUCGUGUCCUGGAAUACCGCACAAUGAAUGAUUUCAUGAAGGGCCAGAACUUUGUGCAACACUUGCUGCCUCACCCCUGGGCAGGCACUGGUCAUGUGGUCUACAAUGGCUCGCUGUACUACAACAAGUACCAGAGCAACAUCAUCAUCAAGUACCACUUCCGUUCACGGAGUGUGCUGGUGCAGCGCAGCCUGAGUGGGGCCGGCUAUAACAACACCUUUCCCUAUUCCUGGGGUGGCUCCUCUGACAUCGACCUGAUGGCGGAUGAGAAUGGCCUGUGGGCAGUAUACACGACCAUCCCUAAUGCUGGGAACAUUGUCAUCAGCCGCCUGGAGCCCCAGAGUCUGGAAGUGCUGCAGACUUGGGACACAGGCUUCCCCAAGCGCAGUGCAGGAGAGUCUUUCAUGAUCUGCGGUACACUUUAUGUCACCAACUCCCACCUGGCUGGUGCCAAGAUCUACUUUGCCUACUACACCAACACAUCGAGCUAUGAGUACACAGACAUCCCCUUCCACAAUCAAUACUCCCACAUCUCCAUGAUGGACUACAAUCCCAGGGAGAGGGUCCUGUACACCUGGAACAACGGACACCAGGUGCUCUACAAUGUCACACUGUUCCAGGUUAUUAAGACUUCUGGGGACUGAGAGCCCUCAGACUGACCCACUCAAAUUAUGCUGUGAUCAUUGUUCGGGGAGGGGCAAAUGAGCUGG